AUGCGAUCAAUGUUCGUCGCCGAAGAUAUCUAUGGAUCAUCGAUAGCUCGAGCUUUUCUUCUCACAAUGAAUCUCGUAGGAAUUAUCAUACUUCAAACAUCGAUUUGUAACUCUGGAAAGAAGCAGAGGAAACAGAAUGAGUCUGAAUCAUCUCAAAUGCCUCGAUUAUCGCAAUAUCGUGGAGAGACACCGGAAAAAGUUGUUCUCGAACCGGCAGGCGAAUCACUUCAAGACUCAAAACAAGUGUGA